GAUGGUCAUGCACAGGAUUAUUUAGACACACUUACAUAUCUUCACUUUUUCCUCCAAUAUUCUAUGCCUCUUACAAUCUCAUUUGCAAUGGUUCUUAUUAACAAGUGAGCUUUCUUUUUUCCGUCCACAUCAGACCGACUUCCGCUUCUUUUUUCUCUCUUUCUCCUAUCAGAUUAUCUGAUUCCCCAUCUCCCUGUUUCUAUCUCCUUCCUCUUGUUUAUCUUCUUCUUCUAUAAAAUCCUUCUCCUCUAUGAAAUUAAGGAAUACAACAGCAAAAUAGCCCAGUCAAGAGCCAACUAUCUGGGUCUGAGUCUGCAGCCAUGACUGAGAAUGCAUCGGAUAGCUCCUCUAAAGAGCAAGACCGAUUCCUCCCCAUAGCCAACGUGAGCCGUAUCAUGAAAAAAUCGCUCCCAGCCAACGCAAAGAUAUCGAAGGAAGCGAAAGAGACCGUGCAAGAAUGUGUGUCGGAGUUCAUCAGCUUUAUCACCGGCGAAGCCUCGGACAAGUGCCAGAGAGAGAAGAGAAAGACUAUAAACGGUGACGAUCUCUUAUGGGCCAUGACAACUCUGGGGUUCGAGAACUAUGUCGGGCCUCUGAAGAUUUAUCUUAACAAGUAUCGGGAGAUCGAAGGAGAGAAGAAUUCCAUGCUUAGACAAGGAGAUCAAUCCCCAACUGAGGAGACGGCGAAUACCUGCAGCAAUAAUAAUUAUGCUGUUACUGUACUUGACAAGGUCGUUACUGAUCCGAUGGCAAGCAGGGCGACCUUCCAGAGUUUUAAUGGCGGGUUUUAUUCGCUGGGGGCUCAAGUAGCUGCGAAGAACUACGGAGAUGAAGGGAGAAUGGUUGACUAUGGAGACAACUCGAGGAUGGGUACUCUCUACACUGGUAAAAUCUAGGAAAAUUUGGAGGUAGAUAGAGUAAAAUCAUCGUGGGGUUGAGUAGGGGUGAUUUAAAUUAAGGGUUCUCUUCAUUUUUCUCCAUUCUGUAACUUGGUGGAAUAUAAUAUAUGGAGAUUUUCAUAGCCGGAACUGCAUAUGUUUCGACAUAUUAGUCGAUAUGUGGGUAUUAAUUAAUUGAUGUUUCAAUACUUUGUGUGUAUCUUGUAAUUCUGCUACUGUUUUCUAUUGCGACAUUCUUCGUCUCUCUGUGUUUCUUAGAAGAAGAAAAAUGAAAAGAAAGAGAGGACUACUAAAGGAGCCCAGCUGGGUGAGAUCAAGCGUUUACUUGCUA